AUGGCCAUUCGACCCUGCGCGCCUAGUAGAAUCAAUAUACACGACGCCAAUUCGGCCCAAAAGCAGAAUUGGGAUGGCACAUCCCAAACUAAAGUUGCUUCGUCUGCAGCUUGCACCUUAUCUUCUGAUAAUAUUGGUAUCGCCAUUGAGCCUGGCUCGGAUUCUCGUAUUGCAACUUCCUUACCAGCCGGAACCCCAGUUACUUUGAUAUCACCGGGAGGUACUCUCAGAGCCAAGGUGAUUGGGGCCUCUGCUGGGGAAUCUAUUAAUCCGACAGCUAUCCUCCAUACAGUGCCGUCACUCCUUGCGGCUUCAACUGCACCUGCAUCACAGCCUGUUUCCCUUAGUUCAGCUGCUGCAGCCACAAGUCUGAUCGAUCCUAUUGAUCAUGCGGUGAGCAGUGUGGAGCUGGCCUCUGCACCUACUAUAGAAUCAGCUGCGGUAGAAUUUCAGCGUGUCUCGAUCACUGGCGAUGACACCCUAGGCUAUGUGUCCUGA